AUGGCUUUGUCAAGGCUGGUCCUUCUUACGUCUCUUCUCGCCGCCUCGACUUCAGCUGUCCCCCUCAUAAAACGCGCCACCGAUGUGGUACAAGGAAGGCUCGGUAGUGAUGGGUUCUGGAAUGACUACGAUGGUGGCCAGAACAGUUAUACACAAUACACAGGGAACGGCUCGAUAGCUUCAGGAUGGCCGUCGAGUCUAUCGUGGAUAUCCUUCAAUGAUAUGUGGGUCGCCAACCAGAAAACCAUUUCUCGAAGCUGCAACCACCUCUAUGAUCAACCCAACAAUUCAGACCAAGAAACUCAAGACCUCUAUGGCGCCAUUAAACAAAUAUCACAACAGACCCGCGUAGAUCACCGGUUCAUUCUGGCCGCCGUGAUGCAGGAGACCGGGGGUUGUGUAAGAGCCAAGACGACUGUUUCACCCGACGGCACCGUGAGGAACCCAGGAAUCUUGCAAUCUUUCCGAGGGAAUCACUCUUGCAACGAUAAUGGGAAAGUGCAGAAUCCGUGCCCGAAGGAUCAGAUUCUAGGCAUGAUUUCGGAUGGAGUUGCUGGCACGCCUAGCGGCCACGGGUACGCAUCCGACAUCAACGCUCAAGCUGACGCUGCCGAUAUCGACUACGCCGAGGGGUACUAUCGGGCGGCGCGACUGUACAACUCUGGGGAGAUUGAUCCGUCAGGCGAUUUGGGCAAGGGUUCAGCCACGCACUGCUACGCGAGUGAUAUCGCCAACAGGCUGACCGGGUGGACGGAUGCCCCAUCGGCAUGUACGCUGGAUAAUAGUAGUUGA